UCCCAUCUAAAGUGCUUGCGCGCCGCUUACGUACACACAGUCCAUUUCAUGCAGUUGGUCAUUUUUGGAGAGGUGUGCUCGUCCUGUUUGCGCAAGGGAGUCUUUGACAGAGAGAGAAUCAACAGUGAUAAAUAUUUGAUACUUUGCGUGUUUACGCUCAAGAUGGACCAGAAAGACACCGAAAUGAAUGAAAAGGGAGUUACUUCUUCGACCAGUGGCGUUGUGGUCCAAGUAAGAGAGAAGAAAGGACCUUUGCGUGCAGCUAUUCCGUACAUGCCAUUCCCAGUAGCUGUAAUAUGCCUAUUUCUCAACACUUUUGUACCUGGUUUAGGUACGUUCGUGUCUGCCUUCACGGUGCUGUGCGGCGCGCGGACGGACCUGCCUGACCGCCACAUGUGCUGUGUGUUCUGGCUGAACAUCGCAGCAGCCUUCAUCCAGAUCCUCACAGCCAUCGUCAUGGUGGGCUGGAUCAUGAGUAUAUUCUGGGGCAUGGACAUGGUCAUCCUGGCAAUUUCUGAUGGCUAUAGGGAUCAGAGGGUUCCCCAGCAGGUUUAAGGCUGGCCCAGCCCAGCUCAACAUGAAGCCUUGAUGUACAGUUGUCUCCUAACAAGAUGUCCCCCUGGGGAGAACCAAGGCAGGAUGAUAUUCACAGGCUUAACCCCACCCUACCUACUGUACCGUAUCGCUUACUACUACUACUACUGCAGCUGCUGCUGCUGCAGCUCCACUUCACAGCUCAGUGGUAGAAUGAGGAGCACGUCAACAUUGACGCGCCCAAAGUGUCCUGUGAAGAAAAUAACACAAUUAAAUAUGAGUAUGUGCCAACGGUAUGUACAGUACUUUACCGUGUGUUAAGGACUAUCCAUCCUAUCUGGGGUACAAAUUAAGUGUUCAGAGGUUUUUAUGAAAAAGUGAAAUGUGCAGUUUAUUCCUCUGUGUAUAUUAUCAGCUGUUCACCACACACGUAUUAUGACUAUUAGACUUCAAUAGAGUGAAGAUGGUAUCAGUGUCUUUCAAGUCCUCCAGGAUUGUAUAGUAUGUGAUGUUAUUAAAGGUCCAAUGCAGCCGUUUUUAUCUCAAUAUCAAAUUAUUUAUUGGUAACAAUUAAGUAACUUAC